AUCAACGAGUGCGAGGGCGCUUCAGGCGCCUGUCGAGCGCUCCGCCAGCCCGCCCCGCUGUGGGCGGAGGUUCUGGCGUGCCCCGUGGGGCUGGCGGCGUUGCGUUGGUGCUGGUGCCGCAGGCACGCGGCGCAGCUGCUGGAGAUCGGGCUGAAGAUCGGGCCUGAG